GCCCGUCAAGCGUCAGUCGAUUGUCAACAUCCAGUACGAUCAGACUCAUUAGGUUAAUUUUACAAAGAUUAUAUAGUGUUUAUUUUUUCAAAAAAGUACAAUAAACAAUUUUUUUUUAAACAAAAUGACAACAUUAAAACAAGUUCCUCUCACAUGUGGUGGCCAUACGAGACCUGUCGUGCAUUUGGACUUUAGUGACGUUACAAAAGACGGAUACUAUUUGAUUUCGGCUUGCAAAGAUGGCAAACCCAUGUUAAGACAAGGUGAAACAGGUGACUGGAUUGGAACAUUUGAGGGUCAUAAAGGUGCUGUGUGGGGUGUGGCCUUAACUCAAAAUGCAAACUUGGCUGCUAGUGGAGCAGCAGAUUUUUCAGCAAAACUAUGGGAUGCUCGCUAUGGGGAUGUCAUGCAUACAUUUGAUCAUGAACACAUAGUGAAGAGUGUCAACUUUAAUGCUGAUGAUACAAUGUUGCUUACAGCAAGCAAUGAGAAAAUUAUAAGAGUCUAUGAUCUCAAUAAGCCUGACGCUGGUGCUAUAGAAAAAAUCAGUGCACAUUCAAGCAGUAUCAGGCAUGCUGUUUUCUUGCACAAUUCAAGAAUUGUGAGUGUAAGCGAUGAUUUGACUAUGCGCGUCUGGGACCGCAACAGUGGUCAGGAAGUACAAAAAGUGGAGUUUCCUACAACUCCAAACAGCUUAGAGUUGUCCCGAGAUGGAGCAGUCUUGACAGUGGCACACGGUACCAACGUGUCUUUCUAUUCGUCGGACACGAUGCGAAAGAUGCGCGAGUUCCCCGUGCCCACGAAGUGUUAUUCUGCCUCGUUGGCUCCCAGUCGAGCUACUUUCGUCUGUGGAGGGGAAGAUCUCAAGGUUUACAAAUUUGACUACAAUACUGGAACCGAGCUUGAAUCGAACAAGGGCCACUUCGGUCCGGUGCACUGCGUGCGGUGGUCGCCCGACGGCGAGCUGUACGCGACGGGCUCGGAGGACGGCACGGUGCGGCUGUGGCAGGCGGUGCCGGGCCGCGCCUACGGGCUCUGGCGCCGCAACAACGAGCCCGCGCCGCUCGCCAACGGCUUCAAGGAGGUCGCCGCCAACUGACACAGCUCGGAGAGUGACGAGGAGCAGUAAAUGUGCAAUCGAAUCGGAUCGUUUGAUUUUCGGCGAAUGUAGACAUUUGUCACCAAGUUAAGUGCUAAAAACAUUAGUGCGGGUUGACAAUCGAGACUCUAACAAUAU